CUUAAUAACAUGUCAAGAAACACUAAAACACAAUACACAAUCAAAACAAACUUUUAAUACUCUCUAUAACCAAAUCACAACAAAAUUGAAACCAUGAUUGCCGAGAACUCUUACCUGGGUUGCCCUUAUGGGUUUGAAGACUUGAAGAACCUGAACGACAGGCUGAGUGCGAAGGUAGUGGAACAGGUCAACGAUACCCAGGAACUGGUGAUGCUUAACAAUUUUGCUCAUGAGAGCAAUGAGUAUCAGUUCAAGAAAUGCUUGGAAGACAGGAUUUCCGACAUUGCCUCGUGGCGCUGGGUACUAGAUGACCUAACGAAACGCCUUAAGGACGCGAUAGAGACCCUUCAUUACGAACGCAACGCUCUUCAGGUGGUUAUCGAGAGGAUACAAAACGAAAUAGUCAUACAUUCCCGCGAAGCCAGCCAACCGGGGGCGCUGAAGCCACAAAGUGAUAAUGUGGAAGAAGUUAUUUUGCAAGAAUACGAUUUUCUACGCGAAGAAAAGAAGAAAUUCGAGAACCUACUCCUGAUAUUGGACAAGCAGACAGCUGGUAUGGAGAAGACGAGGAAAAAGAUAUUGGUCGACAUUCUUCAUAAAGAUCAGGCACUUUCUAUUGAGGAGGCUUGUGCUAACAUAAAAGGCCCAGAAUCCGCUUCCAGAGCAGGAGAUUAUAACAGAGGGAAGAAGAAAAAAAAGGCAUCACCAGUCAAUCGCUGGGAAAACCGAUGUAUUGCGUUGAAGAAAGCUGGCCUGAAAGCACUCAGUAACGCAAUUGUUACUAGACAACAGGUAAGAGGGGCCAGAGUCCACCUGUCAAUAACAGCCCAAGCCCAUGGUGCUAGAGUGGACUCAGCACUCAGAAGACGGCUCAAUACGAACAAGGUUAAGUUGCAGGAUCUUUACUGGCAAAAGGAAGAGGCUGUUAGAGAUUACAAAUCAUUGUCUGAAGAGCAGACGGCUACAGAACAGAAUCUCAUAGAAACUAUGGAGCAGGAGCGUGUUAUAGAAGCCAGGCUCGCCGACCGCACCCUGAGGCCGGUUGGUGAGCUCACCAAGGAUGAAGUGGAUAGAAAGCUGCGAGAUGAGCUCGGUAGACUGCGGAGCUUCAGCAAGGAACUGAGGACAACCCAUGAUAGGAUAAGUUCCCUCCAGUGCAACCUGACUGACAGCAUGGCCCGUCUGGACAACUAUGCCGAGGAUAUUAUAAAGGUAGUCCGUUUAGAUGAAGAGCGAAUAGCAAAUAGGCUUGGGGAGGUGGCCUCCAGCCCGCCUCCACCUCCACCCGACAUAUACAACAUGGGUCCAUGCCCCUGUGACGAUAACUUCAGGGGGCGAAGGGAAGCGUCCCUUCAGUCCAUUCAAGAAGAGGAUGAAGAUGAUGAUUAUCCCUUAGAUGAUUGAUCAUGUGGAAACGUUAAAUCCUUUCGCUUUUUUUUUCAGUAAUUUCUGAACUGAUAUUUUGAUUCGGCACCAUAGUUCUAACUUUUACGAAUAAAUUCAAUUUAGCUAUUUCAUACUCUUGAUAGAAUGAUGAAAUUGGGAUUGUAGUUAUACGAGAUGUCAACUAUCAGCUUUGAAAACGUUGUACUUUGAGUUUGUUUUUCGUUUUUGUUGGUGUGAACAUAACAAUGAUGUCUUUGAGGGUUGGUUCUCGCAUAGUUAUGUCCAAACAAUAUGAUUUUGAUGCACAAAUGUAUAUAGUGCAAAAUGUUUUUUCCCCCUCUAUUACGGGUCCAUAUCUUAAUUUUUUACGUAUUCUUUAAAAUCCAUGUUUAAAUAUUAUUUAUUGGAAUUUUUUUAUAAGGAAGUUUGAUGAUUGGUAAAAUCCAAUUUCUUGUUUUUUGAUAAGAUUUAUUUAAAAAAACGAAACUAAUAACUAUUGUAACAAUAUCACAAACAGUUUAACUUAAUCGUCCCAAUGCUAAAACAAUGAAUCUCACCAAAAAUAAUUACAAAUCUAAGUCGAUACUAUAAUUAAAUUAAUAAUAAACACAGAACAAUAAUAUCUUUAACAAAUUAGUUAGAAAUUAGAGUUGGGACGUCUCGUUAAAUUUUAAUUGGCAAAUAAAAAUACUUAGAGAUAUUUUUACAAGCAU